AUGUCUACCGACAAAAAUGUCACUCAGAAACUGGUGGACAGCCAGAACGCCGGCCGCUACUACACCGAACCGGCUGUAGAUCCCAAGGGUAAUUACCGGGUGGAAAUACAGCCGCAUGAAGAGGGAUUAAAUUCCCAGGCGAAUAAUCCGUUCGCAGACGCGGAGGUCGCGGGGCGGUAUGCUUUGCUCUAUGAGAAGGCACAGUAUGAGUGUCGGCAUGUGUUUGAUCCGACAUUGACUUGGACGGUGGAGGAGGAGAGGGCGUUGGUGCGGAAGUUAGAUUGGAGGGUUUGUUUGUGGGCCUGUGUGAUGUUCUUCGGGCUUCAGGUCGACCGGGGCAACCUUGUUCAGGCUGUAUCUGAUAAUUUGUUGGAUGAUUUGAACCUUUCUUCUAAUGAUUAUAAUACCGGAAAUAUUAUUUUCUAUGUCUCCUUCCUGUUAGCUGAGCUGCCGUCUCAGUUGAUAUCCAAGAAGAUUGGACCGGAUAGGUGGAUCCCGCUGCAGAUCUCCCUGUGGUCUAUUGUAGCUACCUGUCAGGCUGGCCUUAUGGGCAGAUCUUCGUUCUAUGCGACGCGGGCACUUUUGGGGAUCUUGGAGGGAGGCUUUAUUCCGGAUAUCGUGCUCUGGUUGUCUUACUUUUAUACAAGCAAGGAGCUUCCCACUCGACUAAGUAUAUUCUGGACUGCCCUAUCCGUGACAACGAUCGUUACAUCAUUCAUGGCAUUUGGUAUUCUCCACAUGCGUGGCGUGCUUGGAUGGGCCGGGUGGAGAUGGCUCUUCCUGAUUGAAGGGCUGAUAACCCUCGUAAUCGGACUGGCGUCCUUCUUCCGAAUGCCCGCUUCAGCUGUCGAGACGAAGAAGUGGUUCCGUCCAAAGGGAUGGUUCACAGACCGCGAAGUUCGCAUUGUCGUCAAUCGUGUCCUACGAGAUGAUCCCUCAAAAGGAGACAUGCACAACCGCCAAGCAAUCACCCCCCGACGCCUCUGGAACGCCCUCUGCGACUACGACCUCUGGCCCAUCUACCUUCUCGGCCUGGUCGUCUACACGCCCAUGGUCCCCGUAAGGUCGUACAUCACCCUAACCCUAAAGGGCCUCGGGUUUAACACCUUCGUAACAAACCUCCUCACAAUCCCAAACAGCGUGGGUCACAUUAUCCUGCUUCUAGCCCUUACCCGACUCAGCGGCUACCUCAACGAACGAUCCCUAACCUCCAUGCUACAAUGCGUCUGGACGCUACCCUGCCUCGCGGCUUUGCGUUUCUGGCCCGGAACGAUGGAGAACGCGUGGGGCACGUAUUCCAUCGUCACGAUAUUACUUUCGUACCCGUACUGCCAUGCGAUUGUAGUCGGCUGGGCAUCGAGAAAUUCAAAUAACGUGGGGACGAGGACUGUUUCGGCGGCGAUUUAUAACAUGUGCGUGCAGCUGGGAAAUAUCAUUGGAAAUAAUGUCUACCGAGAGGAUGAUAAGCCCAAGUACCGACGGGGAAACACGGUACUGUUUGCCUUGAAUAUCCUAGGAAUUGUUCUGUUCCUGGCAACGAAGGCAUACUAUGUUCUGAGGAACCGGCACCGGGAUAAGGUGUGGAAUGGUAUGACUGAGGAGGAGCGACAGGAUUAUUUGAAUAAUACGACUGAUACGGGGAGUAAGAGGUUGGAUUUUCGGUUUGCGCAUUGA